AUGAAUCCCCAACGAUCGGCUGGCUCCGCAUCCCAGCAUGUACCACAGCCAGCAGACUCUGAGCCACAAGAACUGACUGAUGCAAACAUCCUGGAUAACUGCUGGGCGUCGGAUCAUACACCGGCGGACUGGAAUGACUUCUACUUUUGCUCAUCAGAGUCUAUCCCUGCGGAAUGUUCAUGGAAAAGCCAUGAAUCACGACAUCUCGAAACAUUCGACCAUUCAUAUCUUCAGGCUUCAGAUCCUCUCAAUGCCGCAGUCGGAGAUGAUACAGAUUUAUUUCAGCCGCAACCUCAAAAUCUCUCAAACGUUCCUCAGUGGCUUGAUGGGGCUUAUCGCCCAUCGGUUCCAUGCCGUUAUUGCCGCAGACAUCGACUUCAGUGUCUGAUUCUUCGCACCACAUCAGCAAAUCCAAAUCCUGUCUCAUCCUGCUCUAGCUGUGUGGCGCUAUUUAGAGAAUGCAGUCUCGCAAAGGGAGAAAAACGAUUACCCUCUGGAUUUGAGACUUUUGCUCCGGUACUAGGCCACUUACAUGGUCUGCCGGAGCAUACCGAGGAUAGCGAACAGGCUCUACCUAGUGCGGAGACCAUAGAAGAGAGAAAAGAAUCUAAGCGAUUUGUGCGAAAGGGUGCCAGAGUCUUACGAGAGUGGUUCUAUCAAAACCAAGAAUGUCCAUAUCCGACCGAAGACCAGAAGAUUCAAUUCUCGCGUGAAACCGGAUUCUCAGAGAAACGGAUUACCACAUGGUUCGCGAAUGCCCGUCGUCGCCAGAAACAGAAAAUCCAAUCAUCAAAUUCCGCAUCCAACAUUCGUACUCGUGCGGGGUCCCCGUUAAUUAGGAGUACCCUGGACUCGCUGACCCCCCUGGAGCGGUGGAAGGCAUCCCCACCAGAAGAUGAACCGGUGUCGGAGUCUGUGAUACAAGAUGCGAUUGCGUCUGCUGGAUUAGAUGCAAUAGACCCAUUUCAGCUCGAUGAAUCCGCGAUGGACUGGUUCAAUUUUGACCAGUCAUCGUCCCAUCUUCCUUCUUCAACCUCUAGCUUUGGAAGCCGUGUAUCAGAGACCUCAGAUAGUGUCUCAUCAACCUGGAGUCACCAAUCAGGAGAGGGUUUACCAUUCCCAAUGUUGCCAAAGACGUCGCGCUCUCGCAGACGAGACCACUCCGAAGAGCAUCAAUACCAGUGCACUUUUUGUAUUCGAUCAUUCAAAAAGAGACAUGAUUGGAUUCGACAUGAGAAAAGCGUACAUCUUUCACUUGAGACCUGGAUUUGCAUACCGAGGCCGAACGAACUCCAACAAAUUUGGCAUUCUCAGGUGGCUGAAUGUAGCUUUUGUGACACCUUGUUUCCUGGCCCGGCUCAUUUAGAAGAACAUGAGUUUUACGUCUGUGCGGAAAAGCCCGUAGCGGACCGGUCUUUCACUCGGAAGGAUUACCUCUGGCAACAUCUUCGAAAGUUUCAUGGCUGUACAAAAAAUCCUGUCUCUGACCUGGAAGCGUGGCGAGAGGCCGGUGCCAAUGUUCAAAGUCGAUGUGGUUUCUGUGAUCAAUCACUGUCAACGUGGACUGCUCGAGCGGACCACCUGGCGGAACAUUUCAAGAAUGGAAUGCGAAUGAAUAUGUGGGUUGGCGAUUGGGGACUGAGUCCAAUUGCGAUGGGGGUCCUUCGCAACGCUACGUUGCCUAAUCAGCGAUCUUUGGCUACUUGA